CGGCUGGCUGUUUGUGCAGCAGCAGCCGGCGGCGGCGGCGGCCUUCCGCGAGCUUCCCGGGGCCGCGCGAUGUUUUGCAGGCGCCUCGGCGGAGAUGGGGCUCGGGGAGCGGCGCUGCAAAGCUGGGCCGGCGGCAGCAGCAGGAAGAAAAGCCACGACGACGACGACUGCUGCUGCUGCUGCUGCUUUAACUCGGCCGAGGGAGGGACGUCCCGAUCGCCUUGAGAGCGCGCGGCUCCAGCGGGGCGGCGAGACAGAGUAGGCGGCGGCGGCCCCCGCGCGCAAGCCCAGGGCGGCUCGGCUCGCCUCCGCGCAGGGGCGCACGGAAGAGGCAGGAGAGGAGAAACGCGGCUCCCUCCCCGCUGCGGGCUCCGGGCUCCCUGCUCCGCUGGCUUUCGUAGCCUGGAGUGGCCCGGGGCCCGGCCAUGUCCGCUUUCUGCUUGGGGCCCGUUUCAGCACCAUCGGAACUGGACAGCGCCUGCCGCAUGGAACUGCAAGGGCCGCCCCAGUCGACGUCGGAGGGGGGAGCCAAGGACAGCCGGAGUUCGCCCACAGCCGGGCCUGCCGCCGCCGCCGCCGCUUCCUCUUCCUCUUCCUCGGCCUUCGAGGUGGGCGGCUCGGAAGGAGAGCUGGAGCUGGAGGAAGAGCUGGCUCUGCUAGCCGCCGCCGGGGAUGCUGCGCCCGGGGAGCCCGAGUCCAUGGGCCCGGCGGAGGCGGCUCCGCAGCCGGAGCUGCUCUCCCUGAUGAGGCAGAAGGAGAAGGAUUUGCUGUUAGCCGCUCGGCUCGGGAAGGCGCUGCUGGAGCGCAACCAGGAUAUGAGCCGCCAGUACGAGAGGAUGCACAAGGAACUGACGGAUAAGCUGGAGCACUUGGAACAAGAGAAGCAUGAACUAAGGCGACGGUUUGAGAACAAAGAGGGAGAGUGGGAAGGACGAGUGUCGGAGCUGGAAAGCGAUGUGAAGCAACUCCAGGAUGAGCUGGAGAAGCAACAGGUUCACCUCCGAGAAGCUGACCGAGAGAAAACGAGGGCAGUCCAGGAACUCUCUGAACAGAACCAAAGACUCUUAGAUCAGCUCAGCAGGGCAUCGGAGGUGGAAAAACAGCUCUCUAUGCAGGUUCAUGUCCUCCAAGAGGACUUCAGGGAGAAGAAGUCAUCGACCAACCAGCACAUCGUACGACUCGAGAGCCUUCAAGCAGAGCAAAUCCUUGAAAUUAAGAUGCUUACGGAUAGGAAGCACGAGCUGGAGCGUCGGCUGAGUGCCAUGAUGGAAGAAAACAACCUUCUUCAGGGGACGGUGGAGGAGCUUCAAGAUCGUGUGUUGAUUUUGGAGCGGCAGAGUCACGAGAAGGACAUGCAGUUGCAUCAGAACCAGCUAGAACUUCAGGAGGUGAGACUGUCUUAUCGGCAACUGCAGCUAAAGGUAGAUGAACUCAGUGAGGAGAGAAGCCUCCAGAAUUUCAACUCUACCAGCACGUCACUGCUGUCAGAGAUUGAGCAGAGCAUGGAGGCCGAGGAACUGGAGCAAGAGAGAGAACAGGUAGCAUCAAAACUCUUGGCUCCAGAAGAAUUGGGUGCAGCACAGCUCAGACUUCAGCUCUGGGAGGCCUACUGCCAGGUCCGAUACCUGUGCACUCACCUUCGAGGGAACGACAGUGCGGAUUCUGCGGUGUCCACAGAUUCAUCCAUGGACGAGUCAUCGGAAACCUCCUCGGCCAAAGAUGUGCCGGCUGGUAGCUUGCGGGCUGCCCUCAGCGAGCUGAAGAGGCUGAUCCAAAGUGUUAUAGAUGGCACCGACUCCACGAGCUCACGGCGAAGCGAUGAUGAUGCCUUAGAAGAACAGAUCAAGCAGACGAGCGAAGAUUCGAGAGCCUUGAGGGAGUUGAUGGAAGGCGAAAGGGGGAAACUGAGGCAGAGCUUGGAAGAGCUGCAGCAGCUCCAUAGCCAGGUGACGCUACUGAGCGUAGAGAUGACUUCCCUGAAAGAGGAACGGGACAGACUCCGGGGAUCAGUAGAUGAUAAGGAUAUGAGCGAACAACUCUUGAAAGCUAUCAGGGAUCGGGAUGAAGCAAUCGCCAAGAAGAACGCUGUCGAAAUGGAGCUAGCCAAGUGCAAGAUGGACAUGAUGUCACUGAAUAGUCAGCUCUUGGAUGCUAUUCAGCAGAAGCUUAACCUUUCGCAGCAGCUGGAGGCGUGGCAGGAUGACAUGCAGAGGGUCAUUGACCAGCAGCUGAUGGACAAACAUCCAAAGGAGUGGAGCCAGCCCACCUAUUCCUUCUCCAGCGGUCACGGAGCAAAGCGGCGCACUAGACCCUCCCCCUUGCUGAGGCCAGAGCAGCAGGGGUCAGAGCCCAGCGGGGCAGAAGGGAACCGCCUCUUUUCUUUUUUCAAGAAAAAUUAAUUGGACAAGAGCAACCACUCUCAAUUCCUUUUUCCCCCUUCCUUUUUCCUUUUUUAUUUUUAUUUUUUGAGAUGAAGGAUGCUGGAGAGAGAUUCAGCAAGCUCAGCUUGUGAUGGAUGACGGUCUCCAAUUCCGGUCACAGAAGAAGCCACCAAAAAAAACACAACGAAGAAAAGGGGGGGCAAGGAGUCCCGUCCCCCAACCCUUAAGAACACUGCACUAAUCUUGCAGGCUGCGUGGUCUGAACUCAAUGUUUACAUGCGUCAUAGUCCAAUCGCCGGUCUUCUGCGCGAUAGCAAUUGAAAAGGACACUCUUUGAUACCUUAAAGCAACAUGAUAAGAAAACACACAACCUUCAGGGUCUCUUGUUAGGUCCACUCUGUUUCUGCUGUGAGUAAUCCAGAUGUCUUAAAAGUCAUUCUCUUCUGCAAAAGAGGAAACUUUAAAGGACCAGUUGAGAUGUAGGAGCCAAGGAAGGGCCGGGGGCCCGGGGGGGGGCGGACGGGGAAGAGAGAGAAAGGGGGAAAUAACCAUGCAUUUUAUUUGCUGAGUUUCCAUUCUUUUCACCAGACCAGAGGGCACCAGGUUGGCAAAGGCGGGUCAUGCUUAUCUGUCCAUUUCUCAAAAGUGAGAGAGAGAGAGAAAGAGAGCAGUCGUGGCUCCUGGUUUGAGCAGAGCCAGGCAGAACUCAACAGAUGGAGGAGUGUUUGUGCUCUGUCCUGGUCUAUCUCAGGGUGGGUGACUAAGCAAAAAUGUAAGCACACUGAAGGCAGUUCAGCUUCCACGUCAGCUCUGUUCCCCUUCCCAGAGGUUGUGGCUGCAAGGAAAUGGGCAAGUCUCUAGCCAGCUGGAAGUUGCAAGUAUGCUGCAGCAAGAGUCUAAGGGGGGCAGCUGCUCCUGUGCCUAAACAAGCACCAUACCAACAAGCAGAAGAAUCCCUGGACAAAUCCUGCUGUCUCUGCUUGUGAGAACCAGAGCCCAGGUUUUUGUAAAUCCUUGGAAUUCAGUAUUCCCCCACCUCCCCUCCCAAGUUUGUCCUUCAGCAAAAUGAGACCACUUGCUGUCUUCUAACCUGGCCACGUGGUGCUGUCCAGAUCUUGUUGGACUACAGUUCCCAAUAUUACGAACCUUUGGCCAUGCUGGCAGGGGCUGAUGAGAGUCCCAACAAGAUCUGGAGGGCACCAUGCUGGCAAGGGCAAACGGGUGCCACCCUGCCCUGCUACUGACAGAGAAGCUGUGCCAGCCUCGGCGCCAAUUUUGGGAGAGGUCUUGCAUGUAAUCCUGAAAUCAGCACUAAUGCCUGUGCUGCUUCUCUGCUGGCAGUGGUCUGCCCACAGGGGUGCUGCCUUGGGGGCUUUUGCUGCCUGAGGCAGUGGCCUCACCCCACCAGCCCUGAUGUUGGCUAUCCCUGCCUAGGUGCUAAACCCCACCCCCCCUUGCUGCUAUUGCGAGGUUAAAUUGGGAGUGAGGCUCAUGGAAUAAUAGAAGUGUCAGGAGCGUGGCAUUUUCACAAAGGGGAGGCCCUACUGCUGAGAAGCGGGAGCUGUUGAGACUUCAGCCUGAUCCUCACUGACUCCCAACCAGCAUGGUCAAUGGUCAGGGAUACUAGGAGUUGGGGUUACAGGUUCCUCACCCCAGCAUAGGUGAGGCCAGAUUCCAUCUUUUCUUGGCAUGGUAGUGUUCUAGGCUAGGGGCAGCCAACAUGAUACCCUGUGGGUGCUGUUGGACACCCAACGUCUUGACUAUUGGGCCUGUUGGGAAUUCAUCAACAGGUGCAGGGCAGCAGAUUUAGCUAUCCCUCUUUGAACUGGAGGAAGGUUUGGGGGAGCUCCAAUCUAAAAGUGGCAGAGCUGAGAUGCAGGUGGGCUUCAUGAGAACAAAUCCUUUUCCAACCAUAGACAGUAGGUGGUGUAUGAAUGCCCAGUCUGCUGUUAUAUCUUCUCUUGGCCCUCCAAAAACAGGAACCCAACUCUUGCACCUGCUGCAGAUGCCCUUCACAGCUGGAGCAGCCAGCAGAAAUCCAGCUAAACUUGUCCAAUAUAGAUUUAGACUGAGUGCACACUAUACAUUUGAAGCACAUUUCCCCCUUAAAAUUCUGGGCACUAAAGUUUAAGAGUUGCUGGGAAUUGUAACUCUGUAAGGGAUAAACUACAGUGCCCUUAAUUAUUUAAGGGAAAGAAUGCAUUUUAAAGAUAUAGUGUGUUACAGCCUUAAUCUGGUAACUGGCGGUUAGAGCAGAAUGCUUGCAAGGGAAAGACAACUGGUUAUGAAAAGGAUGGGGAACCUGUAGUCUACUGGCUGCUGUUUAACUACAGUUCCCAUCAUGCCCCUAACUAUGUCGGCUGGGGUUGAUGGGUGCAGCAGUCCAACAUAUGGAGGACCGUGGGACAGAUAGUGCUGGUUUAUGUAGAAAGGAAUCCCUGCGCUGUGAGUUCUGUUACACCAGGGUGGGGAACCUGUUGUUACUGGAAUCCCAUCUGCCCCCAGCCAGCCUGGCCAAUGGUCAGGAGAUGAUAGGAGUUGUAGCUCAGCAAUUUCUAGCCCAUAGGUUCCUGAUCCCUUCAUUACACCAGUCUGGAAAAGAACCCGAGUGGCAACAUUCAUAAAGGUAUUCUGGUUAAAAUAGUGUGUAACAGAACCUGUUACCUAUAUUCAUACACUGGUUUGGCAGACAGCAUCAUUGAGCACUGUGGGUCUUCCUUUUGAGUAAAAGCAUGCAUAGGAUGAGGCUGAAAUCUUAGGGGGAGGGGGGGAAAGCAGCGUCUUUCCUAAAAUGUGAUGCACCGUAUUUUGCUGCCUUCUCCUGCAAGGUUAGCUACUGCCCAUUGCAUUGUGGGAUACUGAACUGAAAGCAAUAAAGAGAACAGGGAGGGCUGGUCUCCCUCCCCUACCUUGAGAAACCUGACAGCCACACUUGCAGACUUGAUUCCAGGAGUUGCCAGUCCCCCACCCACGCUCUCUGUUGAGCAUUGCCAUCUGUCAUAACAGCACAGCUCCACGCCUCCCCCCCCCCCCAGCCACAUCAUAUUGUGAUAUUAUUGAACUACACAGCCAGGGGUGAUGGAGCUCCAUUAAUUUGGGAGAAGAGGGUGGCUAUAGAGCAAUUGCAAGGAGCCACACUGCCCACUUUAUCUCCCCCCUCCCUGCAUUAGCUGAGAAUCCCCACUAGGGGCAUCAGUCGUGGUAUCACUACCUAAAGAUCAGACCAGACAAAACAUUGCACAGAUUCAUUUAGUUAAUUUUUGCACCUAAAAGUACACCACUCUAUAUUUUGGAACAGGAAAGGGAAAACUGUGUCCUGUGUCCCAUUCCACCCCCCACCCCCCAUUCUGGGGACUGCAACUCCCAUCAGUCUCAGCCAAUGUGAUCCAGCUGGAGUCUAACAACAGCUCAAGGGCUGCAGUCGUCCCCCCUGUGUUUUAGAGCCUGGCAUGUGUUUUGCCUAUAAGCAAGAGGCAGACUGAUAAUGCAAGAGGGGCACCUGUAGAGCCUCUGGCUCCCUCCAUCAUUGAUCACUGCCAAGUAGCUAACCUUUCCUUAGGAGGAGCAAAGAAAGCUGCAGUAAAACAGUGGCAGGAGAGAGAUGGCCCACAGCUCCUGUUUUCGGCUCUCUGGGAUGCUUUUCAGCUUUCUCUGGCUGUGGGUUGGGCAGGCUCAGCAUUGUCAAGAAGGAAGCAGAGCUAGCAAGCCCCAUGGAUAUACACUUCACACGGGAGGUGCAAUGGGCCACCAAGUCUAUUGCCUAUAGCAAAAAAGAACGUAAUGGGGGGGCACAUCAGGAUCCAGAGAGGCCCAGUUCCACAUGGCAAAACUGAUCCUCAUUCUUACCAUUUGGAGGAGGGCAAGAGAGAUUGUGUGGCUGUCUGUAAUAAAAUAAAUCCCGGCACAUCGAAAACUUGCUGACCAGGAAAGAAGGCAACUCUAGAACAUGUCCCCAAGUUUUAUUUUAUGUGCAAUUAAGAAGAAAAAUGAGGAGCAUUCAGUCGCUCAAUUCCCCAUUAUAGAGCCCGAAGUAAUAUAGGCCAGGAAGUGAGCAGUACACAGCCUUUUUAAGAACAUCAGAAGAUCCUUCUUGCCGGAUCAGGCCCAUCUAUUCCAGUAUCCUGUUCUCACGGUAGCCAACCAGCCCUUUUCACACACUACUUGAUCUAGGCUGUAAGCCAGAGCUGGGGUAAGCCUACAGUCCUUCAGACGUUUCUGGACUCGCAGUGCCCAUCAUCCAUCACCCACUGGCCAUGUUGGUGGGGCUAAUGGGAACUGGAGUCUUAACAACAGCUGGAGGUCCAGAGGUUGCCCAGCCCAUCAUAAGGGAACUAGGAACCUACUAGCAAUGAGCAUUCGCAACAGACCAUGGCAGGUUCUGGGGACAGUUCACACCUCUGGAGGCCCUCGGAUCUGGAUCUGUCAGCGUUUCCCACUUCAGCAGCUCAAACCGCUUACCCAAAAGUAAAGCGAGAUGUGCCUGGGAGCUGCAUCAAUAGGCUUCCCCCACCCUGCCCAAAGCCCUUGGAAACCAAGCACACAGCAGGGAUGAACAGACAGAAUGUAUCUAUAGAGGUAUAUGUACAUAUUACACAGUGCAGUAAUUUUUGUAUGUAGCAGUAAUGUAAAUAAAUGUACUUUUUAUAUAAAUAUAUAUAAGAUAUUCUAUAAAGGCAUAUUUUAGUAGAAAACGCCGCUCUACUGCUUCUUUUGUAAAUAGUUCUCGUCAGAAUAAAAUGGGUCCUUUCUA